CUCUACUGUGGCUGCCCGACGGCGACGCUUAUAGGCACGGCCGCCCGCCGCUCCUCGCUCCACACCCCAUCGUCACUCCCUCUCCUCUCCCCGGCCCCCGUCUCCACGCGCCCCGCGCACCCACACUCCUUGACCCACACACACACACGAUGCGUUUCCUCACACUCCUUCUCCUGCCCGCCGCCGUGCUGGCGCACCCGCUCGUGCCGCGCCAGGAGGCCGGCAGCGCGCUCCUCGACGCCCUGCGCGGCGCACAGCUCACCGUGCUCGCCGACAUGCUCGCCAACAACACGGCGCUUGUCAACGCCGUGCUCAACAGCGCCGGCAGCAAGACGAUCCUCGCGCCCAACGACCAGGCGAUGCGUGCCGUGCCCGAGUGGACCACGUCCAACCCGGAGCUGCUGCAGGCCACGCUGCUGAUGCACGUGCUCAACGGCACGUACCCCCUCAACGACCUCGCCUCGCCGCCGCCGCACACCGUCGGCCACAGCCUGCUCUCGCUGCCCACGUACGCCAACCUGCCCGGCGGCAACGGCCUGCCCGUGGCGCUCUCGCGCUCGUCCGACGCCGAGUUCGUGCAGGAGGCCGCCAACACGAACGCCUUCUCCUCGGCCGACCCCAUCGUCGCCGGCAACAUCACCAUCCAGCCCAUCGCGCGCGCCCUCACCGUGCCCGGCAACGCCUCGGCCACGCUGGGCUUCCUCGGCAAGCACGACGCGCUGCUGCAGGCACUGCGCGGCGCCGGCGUCGCCGACAUGCUCGACUCGAUGCGCGGCGUCACGCUCUUUGUGCCCACCGACGCGGCGCUGCAGCAGUACGUGCAGCAGAACAACCUCGCCGCGAACCCGGAGAACGCCAAGGCGCUGCUGCUGCAGCACGUCGUCGCCUCGCGCGCCGUCUACUCGCCGCUGCUCGAGGGCCAGGGCUCGAUGAUCAACGCCGCCGGCCAGGACCUCGUCUUCGACGCCGACGCCCAGACGGUGCGCGUCGGCGACGUCUCGGUGCGCAUCACGCAGUACGACAUCAUGCACAAGGGCGGCGUCAUCCACUACGUCGACGGCGUGCUCGCCUCGACCAAGUACGACGAGAGCCGCGCCUCGGCCGCGGCCGCCUCGGCGGCGCGCUCGGCCAACAGCUUCGUCGCCGGCCCCAUCUCGGGCGUCAACGCGGCCAGCAGCCAGGGCCCGGACCUGCCCGGCCCGAAUGCCGACAACCCGGAGAGCAACGGCUUCAAGAGCAGCACGAUGCAGACCAACGACGCCUCGGGCGGCAGCGGCGCCGCGCCCGGCGCGCCCGGCUCGCGCGACAGCGCCAUCUCCGACUCGGGCAAUGGCAGCAACGGCAACGGCAGCGGCAAUGGCUCGGGCAGCAAUGGCUCGAACGGCAGCGGCAGCGGCGCCAAUGCCAGCGGCAGCAAUGGCAGCAACGGCGGCAAUAGCAGCGGCGGCAGCAGCCGCGCCUCGGAUGCAGCGCCGAGCCGUGCCGCUGCCUCGCUGCUGGCGCUGGCCGCCGCCGGUGCCGCAGCCGUGUGCGUGCUCUGAGCGCCCUUCCGGCGCUGCAGGCCCGCUAGACGCCUCUGGGCCUGCUUCCGUUGCCCAUCUCACCUGCUGCUGCGUUCCCCGUCCGCGCUCCGUGUCUGCACUCGCCGUCAUGAGAGCAACGACGCUCUGUAUUCCUAGGCCCUGCGCUCCCCCUGUCCCCCUCUUCAGUGCAAUGCGAGACCCCCCUACACGCGAUAGU